UUAAAGUUUAAAGUUAAAUGCUAAUUAAUAAUCUAAAGAAAAAUACUCGGUUUGUCAAGUCAACUCGAUCUCCGAAUGCUAUAUGGUCAGUUCCAAAUACAAAUUAAGACGUAGAGAGAGAGAGAAACGCCAUUUUCUUUUCUCUCCCACAAACUUCUUCCACUAGACAAUUGUUUUGAUCGCCAUUGUCUUCGGUAGAGUCGACUUCUCUCUUUCAUCUUCUGAUCGCUAAGCCCCCCCUCUAUUCUCUGUUGAGAGGAAAAUAAAGAAAGGGAGGGAGAAAAUGCAUUCGGGGAAUAACUGGGGAGGAUCGUUUGAGAUUAUGAAUGGUGCAGAAUCGACAACAGACGAUGAUAGGAGCCGGAACAUGGAAUGGGAUAGGGGAGCCCUUCAUUCUCAACAGCACUACCGUAAUCUGGAUGAGACACAACAGAGCUGGUUACUCUACCCUCAAGAGACCAAGAAGAAGAAGUAUGUGGACUUAGGAUGCAUAGUUUGCAGUACCAAGGCCUUCAAGUGGACUCUAUAUUCCCUUGUCGUUGUGUUUAUGGUCAUUGCACUUCCCACCAUCAUCGUCAAGACUUUGCCCGAUCAUAAGUCUCCUCCUCCUCCUCCUGACAAUUACACGCUUGCCCUCCACAAGGCCCUCCUCUUUUUCAAUGCCCAGAAAUCUGGUAAAUUGCCCAAGAAUAAUGGCAUACCAUGGAGAGGGGAUUCAGGGCUACAGGACGGCAAUGAUACAGAUUUUAAGGGAGGGCUUGUUGGAGGAUACUAUGAUGCUGGAGAUAAUGUCAAGUUCCAUUUUCCCAUGGCAUUUACCAUGACGAUGUUGAGCUGGAGUCUCAUCGAAUACAAUCACAAAUACAAGGCCAUUGGCGAGUAUAACCAUAUGCGAGAUCUCAUUAAGUGGGGUACUGAUUACUUGCUCUUAACAUUCAACUCCAGUGCCACAAAAAUUGACAAAAUUUAUUGCCAGGUGGGCGGAUCUUUAAACGGCUCUACAACUCCAGAUGAUCACUAUUGUUGGGAAAGACCAGAAGACAUGGAUUAUAGGCGCCCUUCCAUAUUUGUAAAUGCAGGCCCUGACCUUGCAGGGGAAAUUGCGGCAGCUUUAGCAGCAGCCUCAAUAGUGUUCCGAGACAAUAAUGCCUACUCUAAAAUGCUUGUAAAAGGCGCAGUAACUGUCUUUGAUUUUGCCAGGGAAGGUGGAAAACGCAGACCAUAUUCUCGAGGACAACCUUACGUUGAACCCUUCUACAACUCCACUGGCUAUUAUGAUGAGUACAUGUGGGGUGCUGCGUGGUUGUACUACGCCACUGGAAAUAUCAGCUAUAUUAGCUUGGCAACCAACCCAGGCAUCCCUAAGAACUCCAGGGCGUUUUACAUGACUCCAAAUUUGAGUGUGCUGAGUUGGGAUAAUAAGUUGCCUGCGGCCAUGCUUUUGUUAACCAGGUUUAGGAUAUUCUUGAGUCCGGGAUAUCCUUACGAGGACAUGUUGAGGAUGUAUCACAAUGUCACAGGUCUUAAUAUGUGUUCUUAUCUUCAACAGUUCCAUGUAUUCAACUGGACCAAAGGGGGAAUGAUCCAACUGAACCAGGGAAAGCCACAACCUCUUCAGUAUGUAGCUAAUGCUGCCUUCUUGGCAUCACUAUUUGUUGACUACUUGAAUGCCAGUAGCGUUCCAGGAAUCAACUGCGGUCCCAAGUUUGUUUCAUUGAAUGAUCUUAGGAGUUUUGCCACCUCCCAGAUAGACUACAUUCUAGGUAAAAAUCCCAUGAAUAUGAGCUACGUGGUGGGCUAUGGCAGUAAGUUCCCCAGACAUGUGCAUCACCGUGGAGCAUCAAUACCCCAUGACAACAAGAGGUACUCUUGCACGGGUGGAUGGAAGUGGCGUGACAGCCGCAAUCGCAAUCCUAAUAACAUUACAGGAGCCAUGGUUGGAGGGCCUGAUAGGUUUGACAACUUCCACGAUGUGCGUACUAAUUUUAACCAAACCGAACCAACCUUAGCUGGAAAUGCAGGUCUAGUUGCUGCACUUGUCUCCCUGACUAGCGGCGGCGGCUUUGGCAUUGAUAAGAAUGCAAUCUUCUCAGCAGUUCCACCACUCUACCCUCAAAGCCCACCACCACCUCCACCUUGGAAGCCCUGAAAACUUCUGAUCAUACAAUUCAUCCCCAUGGAUGGAGCUUUGUUGCAUACCCCAUAUUCCUGUGAGUUUUGUUCCAGAACUAAAAUUAUACACAUUCGAGAACAACAGAACCUAUAAAAUGCUUCAUACAUAUGGGAGUGAGGCUCCCUGAAACUUGCUGUUUUACAUAUUUAUUAUGUACUCUCUUUCAAGUAUAUGUAGAUUUUUACUAUACACAGACCUAAUCGGUUUGGAGCACACCUACCUCUUUAUUUCUUUUUUUUUUUUCCAAUAAAAAUUUUGGCCUUCC